UACUGCACUGUGCUGCUUUUGGUUUUCUAGUUGGUCCAACUCCGGACAACUUGAUGAGAGCUGUUUUGGUGAGAGCUCGCUGAGGAGCUGCGUUUGGCAUGGGCACUGGGGACUACAUCUGUAUUACCGUGCGCGGUGGGGCUCCCUGGGGCUUCAGUUUACGGGACGGAGAUGGGGGUAGCUACCGAUACCUGCAGGUCUUUCAGGUAGAAGAGGGGGGGCGAGCAUGCCUGGCGGGCGUGAGUGAAGGGGAUGAGGUGGUGUCGCUAAAUGGAGAGCCCUGCGCUGACCUCACACUCCCAGAAGCCACUGCUCUUCUCAACGCCUCCACUGACUGUCUGCAGCUCCUGGUCAAAAGAUGCUGCUCCCCCACCAACCAAGAGUUACAGUCAGGGGAGACGUAUUUCAGAGAGACGGACCCCUCCAGGGACACGUCAGAAAGCACCACCCUCCACAUCCUGUCACCUGGACGGGUCCACACCCCCAGGGAGCUCUACGUAACUGAGACCCAGGAUGAGGCCUACCAUGGAGGGGCAGAGAGUGACACAGAGCUCACAGAGGGGACCCCGCGGGUCCGCACCCAGCUAUGCCUGCCUUCCUUGGGGGAGAGAAGCAGGUUAGAGUCCCUGGAGAGCAAGGGACAACCAGCCUCCUUGGGGGGCUUCUCUCCAGGGGAAAUGGUGGAGCUCCAGUUGUCCCUUUCCGAGCAAAGCCUGGACGACCCGGUCUGUUCCUCGCUGGGGAGCGCUCGCGGCGUGGAAGGGGCCAUUCAGACCAGAGAGUCCGAGGCCCUCCACACCGCAACCCACUCUCUCUACAUCCCCUGCCCAGCCAGGGAGCCCCUUGCUCAGCAUGGGGUGGUACUCAGCCACCCCGCCCUGCUGGGCCAGGUGGAGGUCAUCCUGCAACACCCAGCGCCCGGUACGGGCUGCCCGGCAAAGCGGGUGGGAGCGGGUGACCUGGGGGCCGGGGGAAGUGUGGGAUCUGGGGGGGAAGGGGAGGAAGGAGGAGGGCACAGCGAGGAAGCUCCCGCCUCCUUCUGCGUCUCCUUCGGAAUUCCAUCAGAGGGGGGAGCACCGGCAGAGGAGUGGGACUCGGAUUCGGAGCUCAGCAAACCCAGCAAGCACCGGGCCAAGCACGCUCGGUUCAGGCGCAGUGAGAGCCUGUCUGACAAGCAGGUAAAGGAAGCCAAGUCUAAAUGUAAGCGCAUUGCUCUUCUUCUGAAUGCUGCCGCGCCCAACCCCAACAACAAGGGGGUGUUGAUGUUCAAAAGGCAUCGGCAGAGGGCCAAGAAAUACACGCUGGUCAGUUACGGCACCGGAGAGAGCGAGCCCGAGUACGACGACGACGACGACGAAGAGGACACCCGCACUGUCGCGUUUACCCUCGUGGCCACCAGCGAGUCCGAACUAGACGAGGACUUCUUCACUGAUGCCCAGAGCGGCGGGAGGGUGCUGACCUUUGACUGGGACAGGGGACUGCUCGACAUAGAGCGUAAGCUCAACGACCCGGAGGAGAUGGAACGUCUGCCCGAGACCAAGGGGAAGGGCGCCGCGAUGUUUGCCCAGCGCCGCGUCAGGAUGGACGAGAUAACCGCCGAGCACGAGGAGAUGAGACGCCAGGGCAUGCCUGUGGAGGGCGUCCAGGUGCAGAAGCAGGCCUCCUACCAGCAGAUGGAGGAACGGUCCUACAUGCAGUCCAACACGGAAAGCCAGGCUUACAUGGACGUGAACAUGCACCAGCAAAGCCAGCAGCAGUACCAGCAGUACUACGAGCAGCAGCAACAGUACCAGCAGCAGCAACAGUACCAGCAGCAGCAACAGUACCAGCAGCAGCAGCAGCAGCAGCAGCAGUACGAACAGCAGCAACAGCAGUACGAACAGCAGCAGCAGUACGAACAGCAGCAACUGCAGUACGAACAGCAGCAGCAACAAUAUCAGCAGACGCACCUGUACCAACAGCAGCUGGAGUGCCAUCAGCAGCAGCAGCAGCAGCACCAAAUGCAGCAGUACUCGGCCACCACGAACGGUGUGGGCCACCAGCAGGCCAACAACGCGUUGAACUCCCUCAGCAAUCGCACUGCCAAACCCUUCUCGGCCCAAAAUGUGGCACCUAUUCAGUAUUCCCCCACGAUGACAAACCAAGAGGGCCAGGGAGAGCAGAUUGCUUCGCGUGACGAGCGCAUUUCAGUGCCAGCCAUUAAGACUGGGAUCCUGCAGGAACCAAGGCGGAGGAAUACAGUCAAGCCAAUGUUUUCGUUCAAAGACGCUCCCAAGAUGUCCCCUAACCCUGAGCUCUUGAACCUCCUGAACAGGAGUGAUAAGAAGUUAGGUUUCGAGUCAGGCCCUGAGGAGGACUACCUUAGUUUGGGAGCAGAGGCAUGCAACUUCCUCCAGUCCCCAAGAGUCAAACACAAGACUCCUCCGCCAGUGGCUCCCAAACCAGUUAUUAACCCCAAUUCACCACCUUGGUCUCCACAGCUCGAAGAAGCCAACCAGCACUUUUCUCAAAGUGCUGAAAAUACCAUGCCCGCACCGGUUGAAGGCUUCAUCGCAGAUCCUGCUCCUGCCUCGGAUCUCAAACCAGUUAUAGAACCUGCCCCAGAGUCUUCCUCCCCUCCGGCCCCACAGGAGGUUCCUCCUGAUCUCCCUUCCCAGGAAGAACACACAGAAAGUCCCCCUGAACCUCAGGACCAGCAGCAGCCCCAGCAGGUAUCAACAUGGGAAGGAAACGGCCCCACUUUCCAGGCUCAGCAUCUUUCCCAGCCCGAGCCUCCUCAAGGGAGUUCCUGGGCUCCGGCCCAAACACAGCUUGUACAGAAUCAGCCACCUGAGACUUCAUGGAAGCCUGUUGAAGUGAAGCCUCAGGUCUCAGCUCCAAGUCAGUCCUUGUCACAGCUCCCCUGGGUGACACCGCAACCUCUGCAGCCACAAUCUCAGCCUCAGUCAACCAUGAAUGCUUGGACACCAGCCCCAGUACCUCCAGCUCCAACAACUGUAGCACAGCAACAAGUUCAGCAAUCUUGGGCCCAACCUCAAGAGCAACCAAAGCCCUUGCCACAGCAACCAUGGGCCCAGCCACAAGAACAAGCACAGCCCCAACCCCAGCCCCCAUGGGCCCAGCCACAAGAACAAGCACAGCCCCAAUCCCAACCACCCUGGGCUCAGCCACAAGAACAAGCACAGCCCCAGCCCCAACCACCCUGGGCCCAGCCACAAGAACAAGCACAGCCCCAGCCCCAACCACCCUGGGCCCAGCCACAAGAACAAGCACAGCCCCAGCCCCAACCACCCUGGGCCCAGCCACAAGAACAAGCACAGCCCCAGCCCCAACCACCCUGGGCCCAGCCACAAGAACAAGCACAGCCCCAGCCCCAACCACCAUGGGCCCAGCCACAAGAACAAGCACAGCCCCAGCCCCAACCACCAUGGGCCCAGCCACAAGAACAAGCACAGCCCCAGCCCCAACCACCCUGGGCCCAGCCACAAGAACAAGCACAGCCUCAGCCCCAACCACCCUGGGCCCAGCCACAAGAACAAGCACAGCCACAGCCCCAGCCCCAACCACCAUGGGCCCAGCCACAAGAACAAGCACAGCCCCAACCACCUUGGGUUCAGCAACCUCAAACAGAACCCCAGCCACAACCCCCCUGGGCUCAGCCACCACAAAACCAGGCUCCACCACAAGCCUGGAACCAGGCCCAGGCCCAGCCCCAACCCCAGCCACCUUGGGUGUCAUCUCCUCAGACUCAAAUGAAUGCCUGGACACAGCCACAGAACCCGGCCCAACCACAGCCUCCUUGGGUUCAACCAGCCCAAAUCCAACCUCCAACUCAGCAUUCCCCAAUGAAUGCAUGGGCUCCAGCACCAGCCCAGGCCCAGCCACAGCCACCCUGGGUUCAGCAACCACCAGAAAAACCACAAGCCGCAGUUAAUGCCUGGGCCCCCAAUCAGAAUCAAGCCCAGCCUCAGCCAUCUUGGUCUCAACCAACUCAAACUCAGUCCCCACCACAGCCCAUCUGGCAACAGGCUCCUCAACAGCCACCUAUGAAUGCAUGGGGCCCUGCUCAGGCACAACCUCAGACAGCCGGCUGGACCCCACAACCCCAACAACCACCAAUAAAUACCCAGGUGCCAAUGGUUAACCACAGAGUUGCUCAACCAUCUCCCAAACCAUGGAGUUCGCCACAGAGCGCUCCACGUCAAAUUACCCCUCCCACACUACAAACACACACGGAAAGGUCGUCUUCGCCCAUCAACCCAAUGGCCAGCGUCUUAACACCGAUAAGAGGAGGCUCGUCUUUCGAGAUGCCAGCCGUCAAGGGAAAAGGAGCCGAGUUGUUCGCCAAGAGGCAGUCUCGUAUGGAGAAGUUUGUCGUGGACAGUGAGACGGUGCAAGCAAACAAGGCAAGGCCAGCUUCUCCAGCUUCAUCCACACCAAGUUCAUGGAAAUACUCCCCCAAUAUCCGAGCACCUCCUCCAUUGUCCUACAACCCCAUCCAGUCACCUUCGUAUCCACCAGGCGCAAUCAAGCAACCACCUCCAGCAAGCCCCUCAGCCAAAGCGAAGAAGGGAAAGGGGAAGGAUAAACCUGCCCCCAAACCUCUUGCUGUAAUAGAUGUCAUGAAGCACAAGCCCUAUCAGCUUGAUUCCUCUCUGUUUACCUAUGGUCCGGCAGUGGAGGCCAAGCCCCCUGUGCCCAAACCCCCCCCUGCUCCUGCUCCUCCAGUCCAAAACCAACCAAUCAGAUAUGAGCAAGCUGUCCCUGUCCAGCCGGCUGGACCAAUAAACGCCCCUUAUCCCCAGCAGCCCCAGCCCCCUCAGCAGCCCUAUGGCAUGACCCCUCAACCUCCCAUGCUAGGUGGCCAGUUCCACCAAGCCCUUCCUAAUGCCUACCCACCAGUUUCUAAUAAUCCCUAUCAGCAAGCAGUCGGUAACCCAUACCAGCAGGCCUAUAACCCCCAUUAUCAGCAAGGUCCUCCGGCCGCUUUCCAAGCCCAAGGUCCAAACUCGCCCUACCAGCAGCUCCCACAAGCUCCAUGCCAACCUACCCAUAGCCCCCCCUACCAACCUCCCCAAAACCCUCCCUACCAAUCUGCUAAUAGCCCCACUUACCAGGUACCUCCCACAGCACCCUAUAAGGGACCUCCUCCCAGCACCUAUGUGGUUCCUAGUUUCCCCGUAGCUGCAAGGCCUGAUUCUGUCUCAGGGAGCAGUACUGCAGCGGCUCCAAAACCCAGAUUCACGGCUAAAAAAUGCUCCGCCCAAGUGUGGAAGCCUGGAGCGCCAGUCCAGACAGAAUGAUUUGGACACAGUAUCACUGAGUGCCUUCUCUCUGCUUGAAACAACAUGAAUCGAGAUGUUUGUAAAACAAGAUGUGCACUAUUUAUUUUUUGAACUUCGCCUUUCGAAAUCUCGCAAAAUGUUAUAUUGUAUACAUAUUAAAUUUAUGAAAUCAUAAAAAGAUAAAUCGAGUAUAGGAAUUGAAAAUCCAAGUUCUAUAAAAAAUGUUCAUCUGCUUUGCACUUACUCUUGAUACCAUCAAGGCAUAAUCAACUGUACGUUAUUAAAAUAUAAUCAUUAUAACAAUAAUAAUUAUUAUAUAUAUAAUCUAUAUACUUUUUAAAUACCAGUUAAAUCUGAGCCAAAAUAUCAAACAAUAUUUUUGUUCAACUCUGAACUCUAAAAUUACUAAUAAUGUCAUGGACUUGUACAUCAGUGUGCAUCAGUGAAAGAACAUCAGAACGUGGGGCAGAGAAAAGCCAGGUAGAAAUUAAAGCAAGGAAGAGAAAGUGAAUAUAUGUGAUAAGAAGAGAUUAAAAGGUAACACUAAUAUGUCAGAUCUUGAAUAUUAGUGUGCAACAAGGAAAGAGAAAAGACAACAUUUAAAAAAGAUUAGCAGUUUGUAUGAUUGCUAGAGGAAUUCAGUUGAUAAACUGUACAUUAAAGGGCAGGUUUUACAACUCUGCCGGUCAAUAUUAUUUUAAUAUUUAUGUUUUGAUAUAUUUAUGUUUUUAUGUAUAUUGAAAUUUGAUGGAAAUUGCCAAUAAUGGCAGAUGAUACACUGAUAAAUAUUGAGGAAUCAUGAAUCACAUCCUUAUGAUAUUUAGACAUUACAGCAUACAUAAAUAUGUGUAAUGUAUUUUUUUUAUGUAAGUGCACAUAAUGAGUAUAUGUUUUGCUAGGGUCCUAUAUCUUGGAGAUGGGAAUGUACUUGGACACAUGUCAUCUUUUAGACUGUAGAUCCUGUCCCAUUUCCGUCAGUGUCUUCCAAUGACCCUACUUGAAUGGUUUGGUUUAUUUUAAAACUUUUUACCAGCUGUUGCAUCAUGUUCAGUCCCUAAAUAUAACCCUUCCCAUGUCCCAGAUUGUGUUAGGGUUAGGGUAAGAGAGCGCUAAAGUAGUGAAGGUGUCCACGAUAGGCUUGUACUGCCUGCUGUAUGUUCCUGCUCACUUGCAAUGGCCAAUUUCUCUUUUCUCUGAAUAAUCCUUUUGCUCACGUUUCUGGUUUCAUCUCCACAUCUCUAUCUUUAGGUUUCUUUCAUUCUGCUUAAAUUUUUACGUGUUGCAAAAAUCAGUUUCAAACAACAAUAUUCGGUACUACGAUUCAGUGCAGUUAAUGAAGAGGAAUCGGCUGUUCUGUUUAGGUGUAUAGUUAUUGGUGUGCUUUCCUUCUCAUGUGACCUUUUUUCAUUUUCUUUUGGGUGUUUUCUCUUCCUAGUGCACUUUCUGUAUGUUUCACCUCAGUGCCAUUAAAAUGUAUUUUAUCUCUCGC